AUGAUGCCAUUGGCGUCGACGAUGAUACGAUGGAAUGGGGUAUCGACUCUUCUUGGCAUGCAAAACUCCCAAAGAUUGCUGAUUGCACCAUCCAACGUCGUCUGCCGAUGGAAGCACUCGUUCAAGACAAAUCGAAGUGCCUACAAGCGUUUCCGUGUCAGAGGAGACGGCAGCCUGAAGCGAAACAAGGCGGGUAAAUCACACAAUACGGGGCACAAGGGUCGUCGCCGUGUCACGAAUCUAUCGCAGUCAACUGGGAUAAUGGAGCCCAAGAUUGAGAAGCGGAUGAGGAUGUUAAUUGGUGCCAAAAAGUAG